AUGCCGCGUCUGGGUCCAGAACCCUCGUGGCAGCAUCGACGCUUCUACACUAUUAUGCUCGCCGCCGUUAUCUUCACAAUUAUCUUUGCUGGACUCUGGCGCUUCUCCACCGCGCCUCUCGUAUCGCUCCGCGCAUGGACGACGGCCUCGCAGACAAAUCAGCAGCAGCAGCAGCAGCAGCAGCAACAGCAGCAGCCUAACAGUGACGACGACAAUGACGUCGACACGCUUAUUCGCCACGUCAAGUUUGACGAACCCACGAUGAUGAAGAGGCUCCCGCGCAACGUCAUUCCUACGGCCGGUAACGGCCGUCGGCUCAUCGUCAUCGGCGACAUCCACGGCAUGGACGAUGCGCUCGACCGAUUGCUCAAUCGCGUCGGUUACGACGGCACCACCGACCACAUCGUCGCUGCUGGCGACAUGGUCAACAAGGGCCCGCACUCGUCGCGUGUUCUUGCCCGCCUUAUGGAGCUCGGCGCUUCGGCCGUCCGCGGCAACCACGAGGACCGCGUGCUGCUCGCCCUCGCCUCGGCCGAGGAGCAGGAGGAGGCCAGCGAGAGCGUCGAGUUUCCAGACUUUCAAGAACGCCGCAGCAAGAAGCGCGACCGCGAGACGGCCCGCCAGCUGUCCAAGGAGCAGAUCGAGUGGCUGACGGAGAGGCCGCUGAUUUUGUCGGCCGACGACCUGGCCAUGUACAUUGUGCAUGCUGGCCUGGUCCCGGGCAUCCACCCUCUCGAACAAGAUCCCUGGGCUGUCAUGUACAUGCGCUCUCUGAUUGAGCCGCCCAAUCAUCGCGUCCACCAGAUUCCUGACCAUUACGGGGAUCCCGGUGAAGAGUUCUCGAACGAGGAUGCAGAUGAACAUGCUGAGGAACAUGAUGACGGUUCCGACGAGAACGCCCACGCCAACAUUGCCUUUGAAGACCUAAUCCCCAUCGAAACCCACCAAGGCCAUGAUUGGGCCGACCUCUGGGAUCUCCGCCAGUCCCAGAUCCGCAAAGCCGACCGCCGCACCGUCGUCUACGGCCACGAUGCCAAGCGCGGGCUGCAAAUUGGCAAGCAUACCUGGGGUCUUGACUCGGCCUGCUUCAACGGCGGCAAGCUCACGGCUCUCGUGAUUCACGUUAGCAAAAAGGGCCACUUGAAGCGCAAGAUUCGCCAGGUAUCUUGCAAAAAGUACAAGCACUAA